AUGUUUUGCCGCUUUGUCAUGACCACGACCGGUGUGUUUAGCCAGCGAAUGGACACUGACGUUUUCACUGGAGCCGGUUCGUCGAAUGAGAGUGUACUAAAUGAAAAAACCACGUACACCCUACUAGAGCCUAGUCUCACGCCUGAGGAGGUCACUCUUAUUUUGGAAACUCACCGUCUCAUGGCUGAGUAUUCAGAUACUCGUCUCGCUCACCCGUUUGAGGUCGAGGAAAUCACUGCCAAAUACCUUGAUCUGUACAUCAAUAUGCUCACAAAUGCUUUGCCGACUCUACGAGAUCCCGUUGCGUUGGUUGACUCCUUAGCUGUGCUGCGUUGCCUGAAGGCAGUUUAUUUUGGCGGUAGUCUCAUGGAGUGGGUACAAGCUGCUGAUCCUGGUUGGGAUAUUGAGGGAGCCGCAGAGCUCUUGAAAGUUGAGGAUCCUCGCGCAAAUCCGAUUUUAUGGCGCUAUCUUAGUGAAACCGCUACGGCAGGUCGUUUAUCUACUGUUCACACAGCCCUUAGCGAGUCAGUUUCUUCUGUUUGGGAUUCCUUGGAAAAAUCAGUCCAAGAAUGCAUCUCGGAUACGCUCUAUUUAUGCAAUUCUUUCCAAAUGGGGUCUCGGGAUUCUAAAAAGAUGGCUAUUAAUUUGCGGGUCAAAUGCGAGCAGUUGGAAGAUGUGGAAUGGUCCUCUCAUCUAAGCACUCUUGCGAAAAUCCUGCAGGGUAAUAAAGAUACAAUUGUUCGUGCUGCACCAUCUUGGCAUACUGCUGUCGGUGGGCUAUAUAUGUACGUUGACCCGUCUCUUGAAGAGUUGCCAGAAUACUACAAGUUGGCUAUUGCAAGACACCCCGUCGAUCGUACGUUGGACUGGGAAGAAGCUUGUGCAGCAUUAAUGGAAAAGCGUCUUCUUUUUGCGUUGGCUAGUCUCAAACAGCUUGACACCGCUGCCGCGAUGGUUUGUGCCGAUUUCUGCCACCAACAGGGGCUCUUGGGAGAUUAUAGCUACCCCACAAAAAGUUCUAUUCGCGAGUAUGUGGCGCUGCAGCAUGUUUUAAUUUGUUUGUCUAAUCCGGAUCUUGUGUUGGCUGGGUUUGAAAUGCUUGAUAACAUGUCUGUGAGCAGAGCCGCUCGUGAUCUCGCCAGCCAGGUCUUACCACAGCUUGUUGCCCGUGAUCCCACCUUAAUGGAUACAGCGAUUGAGUUGGCUACAGAGCUUAGACUGGAAAGUACCGUAUCGGAACUACUGGGCGUCAAUGCGGAAAGAGCAGCUACUGAAGGUGACAUUGUUACCGCCGUUGAAGCAUUCGUAUCUAGCGGGGAUCUUACGGCUGCUAGACAAGCAUGCUGGAGCCUGUUUGAAACUUCAAUUAUCAAAGGUUAUAUGGCAACAACAGAUGCUUCCUCGCUAGAGAUUCUUCAGAGUGACACGGCGCCUGAUAUGUCGUCCUCUGUCUUGGCGUGUUUGGCUCCAUGUGCGGUACUCAAUGGCCUUUUUGCAGCUAUCAAUGAAUCAAGACAAGAUGCUAAAACGUUGGUCCGCGCUUUGUUGUCGUUCCCUGCUAUGCCGGCUGUAUACUAUCCUCUUCUGGUCGCGUUGAUAUCGCAGCUCGACCUACGAGACAACGCAGAUCCCGCUACAGUUGCUCUCUUAAUCUCCAGCUUGGAUCGAUGGGAUGCACUUAGACCAUCAGAACGUGAGCGUGGCCUUGAGCUGCUGGACAGUGGCCGUAGCGCUGAGUGGGCUCGGGAUGUUGAUGAUGCCGCCACACCUAGCGAGAUCGUCUGGAUGCUGCGCCGCCGGUUGGCGUACGAUGUAAUUGUUUUAUAG